AUGGAGUCAAAUAUUGAAGGUAAGAAUUUUAUUAAAUCAUGGUUAUACAUAGAGUGGUCUCGUAUAGCACAAGGUUGUCUGAGUCCCUGCGACAUACUAGCAUCAUGUCCAGGGGGUGGACUUGUAAUGUACACAAAGCUGCCUCAUGCUAAAGAAACAGGAAAUAGGCUCCUGCCCUAUGGGCCUCGUGGCUCGGCAAGGCUUAGUUACAAAGCUUUGUCUAAUUGAAAUAGAACAGCCUAUGACUGUGAACACGUUGAAACAAAUACAAUCCUAAGUAUUUAAUACAUCUUUGCCUAUCUUUUUCAGUUGGAGAGGUUCGAGGCGGUUCUUGUGGAACCAUGGAAAAAUUCAAGUUGGACUUGAACCAGCUAAAGGGAGAGAACCGGCUCCUCAAAGAGGAGAUCCUUCUUCUUAAGGAAGAGAACAGACUACUAAAACAGGAGCGGGAUCUCUUAAAGGAGAAGUCUCGUUCCUCUGAGGCCGGUUCAAAAGGUAACUAGACUGUCCCUCCCAAAACCUACAUGUCAGGCUCAAACUACCAUCUAAAGCAGGGGUUUUCAACUGAUUUUGACCCAGGGACCACCAUUCUGACUAGGAGCAACCUGGGGACCACCACUAUUGUCAGGUGGGUCCAUCAUAGACCCAUCCAACAAUAUAUUGUCCGUUCUCAAAGCAUCUUAUUACCAGAAAAGAGCAGGUCUAUCAUUCUAUCAAGUAUUUUUUCCCCUCAAAAUAUUUGUAUUCACAUGCGAACAAGAAAAAAGAGUAGCAAAUUGAACUAAAAGGAAAAUUUAAAAAGGAAAAGCAACUUUUCUUUUCAAUGAAUGCAUGGCCAGGGACCACCUGCAAUGCCUCUGCGGACCACCAGUGGUCCACGGACCACCAGUUGAAAACCCAUGAUCUAAAGCAAUGGUUCACAAACUGUUAAGCCUGUGACAAAAAAAAGAAGUAUUUUAUGUUUGCCUGGGACACAAAAAUAGUGAAAACAGCAGACCUACAAACUCAUGUGUCGCUUCACGCCGUGUUGUGGGCUUGUAUAUAGGCCUUUUACUUUCUUUAUGGUAUUUCUUAGAUUUUCUCAUAUUUAUCCAUGAAACAGAAUUGCAAUCACUGCAUUCUUAUUUUGAUUUUUUUUUGAUCUUUGGUUCUCUCUUUAUAGAUUUGCUGACUUUAAGGUUCACAGAAAAGGAGCUAUGACCUUGGUGAGUCCUCUGACUCCUCUGAGCCUGAGUCCUCCUUUAAAACAAAGAAGGCUGCCAAGAAGAGAAGAAGGAAGCCAGCAUCGUCAUCAUCAUCAGAUGAGGACUCCCCAAAGAAAAAGCCAAAGAGGGCUUCAUUUGGAAAGCGAGGUAUCUGGGAAAAUAGAUUUUCAUAUUGCUUCUGUAACAAUGCACACACAAACAGUGCUUUUGCUUACAUCAGUGGUUAUCAAAGUGGAUUUCAGGGACUCUGGGUUUACCUUAAGCGUUCUAAAUCGACCCCUAAGAGUAUGUAACUCUUGACACAAAACUCUGAUGUACAGAUGGAACCAAAUGAACUUUAACCAGUCCAUUUGUGCAUUGUCAGAGUUAAGGGGGGGACCUUGAAUUUUUACAUUUUACAUCACACUGCAGCAUGAAAAUGCACUGGUUUAUUAAGUGACCUUAAAAUUUGGUAAAUGCACCCCUUUUUUAUAGACUACAUUGGGGAGCUUUCAGACUCCGUUCACCUUAGCAGAGAUGCUCCUACUAAGACAAAUAUCUUCCAUAGGCCUUGCUAAGAGUACUCUCCCUUCCACCCACACACAAUCUCUUAACGGCAACAUUUAGCAUAGUCAGACUGGCCCUAUUAUGAAACUGAUAUGUAAAGACUAUCAAUGAAACCCUGAAGUGAAAAAGAAUAGUUUGAGUACUGAUCAUCAUGUAUACUCGGAUUGUGCAAUAUAUUUGUAAUUAUGAGUGUUUUUUUCCCCUUUCUUUUUUUUUUUUUUCUUUGAUCUGUCUUGUAGUCAGUAGCCCAGAGGAUGUGGUCCACCGUUAUAAGAAGUUGGUGAGGAUGUACAGGAGGACCAGGAGCAUCCCAGAAAUCUGUAGGGCCUUUGACUUGGACCACAACACCAUUGCGGGGACUGCGGUCAUCGCAGAUGUCCUCAUUGCCGGAGAGGGUGGGGAUUUUAGAGAGCUGCUCAUAAUUGCAGAAAAGCAGAGUUUGGCUAGCUUUGCCAAAGUUUGCAAGGCAUUUUUGGAUGCAAACCCCACCCUAAAAGAGAAAGUGGAUAAGAUGAGGAAGGCCAAUGAGCUGCUCACCAUCGCAUACAAAUUACAUAAAUGA